AUGGAGGACAAAAUAUCCGAAUUUUUGCAUGUUCCAUUCGAAUCACUUCAAGGCAUUAACUAUUCUGUUUUGAGAAAACUAUUUAAGAAAAUAGACAAUUUUGAAUACUUUGAAGAAGAAGUAACAAGACUGAACGUUUUAGUCGAUGAGAUCAAAUCACAAUAUUAUUCAAGGAUUUCGAAACUCAGCAAACUUCUGAAUGAAUCUUCUGAGCAGAAAAAUAUAGCUAGCAAAGAAUUGAGCCAUCUUCAGGAUCAGUUGAUGCAAGAUCGUGAGAGAUGUAGACGGAAAAUAGAUGCAUUAAACAAACAACUGGAUUCAAGCCGCGAUGCCAUUAAAAGACUGAAUGAUGAGAAGGACGCUAAAGAGGAAUCGAUGAUCAGGCAGAGUAAGCAUCAGAAUGUAAAUUCGGUACAGAAUGUUCUGGACAAAGAAAAUAAGCUACUUCGAAGAAAGUUGAUGGAAAUGGAGAAUAUUCUGCAAAUAUGCAAGUCCAAUAGUGUAUCAUUACAACUGAAAUACGAUACUAUAGUACAAGAAAAAGAAUUGAUGCUACAGAAUAAAAAAUGGACUGAAGAGAAAUUAUCAUCUUACAACAAUAAAACACUGGCAGAUGAAUCUACAAAAGCAUCGCGUAUACGCAAUCUCGAAGAAAAAUUAUACCAAGCGCAGGCCGACCGUGAAUCUGCUCUUUCAUAUAGUCAGCUUUUAUUAGAUCAAAAUAAGCAAUUAUCUCAUUCAGUGGAGGAGAAAAUACUAGAAAUUAAAAACUUGAAAGAUACCGCAUGUAUAGAGAAAACAGAAUUUUCCAAAGAAAUGACUUUACAAAAAAGCAUGAAUGAUUUAUUAAGCUCACAACUAGCAUCAUUCGAAAGAGAUCAUUCGUCGGGAGAAAUAGGGAAGGAUGAUGAUAACCUCUGCAAGGAUCCUGAUCAUAAUAAUGUGACAGACGAGCUGAUGAAUACGAAAGUACAAUUCCAGAAAUCACAAGAUGAAUGUCAACGGUUACAGAAUAUAAUCUCUGAUUUUGUUCAAGAAGAUAAAGCCACAGUGGAUACGAAUGGAGCUUCCCACACCGUAGGAAAACUAUUUUCUGAUAUUAAAGUGCUGAGAAAGCAACUGAUAAAGGAAAGGAGUCAAAAAUUUCAGCUGCAAAAUCAAAUGGAGGAUUUCAUCCUAGAAUUGGAACAUAAAACGCCCGAACUUGUCUCUUUUAAGGAAAGAACAAAAUCUUUGGAGCACGAAUUAAAACGUUCCACAGAACUACUAGAGACGAUCUCUAUGGCCAAGCGUAAAGACGAAAGGGAGCUGACCUCAUUAAGGCAAAAAAUCAAUAGCUGCGAAGCAAAUAUUCAUUUGCUGGUAAAACAACGUUUGGAUUUGGCCCGUCAGGUGAAAGUAUUACUUCUAAAUACAUCAGCAAUACAGAAAACAACAUUGCCAUUAUCAAAAGAUGAUCUGAUUUCAUUAAGAAAAAUAUUGGAAUCUGGAAGUGACGUUAACGAAAAUGAUGCGCAAGCUAUUAUUUCAGAAAGGCUAGUUGAAUUCAACAACAUUAAUGAACUACAAGAAAAAAAUGUAGAACUUCUAUAUUGCAUUCGUACUCUGGCUGAUAAAUUAGAGUUUCACGAAGGAAAAAAAGAUACAACUCUAGCAGAGGUGGAAAAGCAGACUAUCAAAGAAGCGAAAGACGCAAUCAUUGAACUCGAGAAUACCAACAUGAAAAUGGAAUCGCGCAUAAAUAUUCUAUUGAGGGAGCGAGACUCCUACAAAUUGCUAGCCUCAAGUAAAGAAAAUAAUGUCAAUGUAAACGCUAAAAAUUUUACAGAAAUAUCACAUGAGAAGAAGAUUAAAGAACUUGAAGCAGAACUAUCAUCUACGAAAGUUGAAAGCUCUGCUGUUAUUCAAAAUUUAAGAAAAGAGUUAACAACCUAUAAAAAAUUACUAUGUGACAAGAAAAUAGCUUCACAAGACUUUGAAAACUUUAAAAUGUUGGCGAAGGAGAAAGAAAGUAUUUUGGAGACAAGAGUGAACAACUUGAAAACUGAUUUAGAGAAACAAAAAUUGAGUGUACCAUCAUUCGUACAAGACAACAAAGUCAGAGAUUCAACCGAGUUAUUACAGUCUAGAACCAAAACCGAAAUUUUGAUGCACGAAAUUUCGAGUUUGAAAAAGGAAACUGCUAACUCGAUGGUUUUGAAAGAAUCUUUAACAAGAGAUUUGGAGAGAUGUUGUAAGGAGAAAAUUCAAUUACAGAUGAAGCUCAAAGAAUCAGAAAUUAGCCUUAAUGAACAGAAAGUCAAUUUUGAUUCGAAGGGAAUCAAAUAUGAUGCAAGAAUCAAACAAUUGGAAGAGAGUUUAGAAAGAUUACGUAUCGAAUUAAAAUCAAAGGCUCAAGAAAUAAAAUCACUACAAUCGUCCAAAGAUUCACAACUCAAAUGGGCUCAAAAUACCAUUGAUGAUACCGAAGAGAAAUUAAAGUCUGUACUAACAGAGUUAUCAAGGAAGGAAAAAACAGUUGUAACACUUUCAUCGAAGAUAGAGAACCUUGAUAAUGAACUGAGAGAGAACAAACUUAAAUAUGAAUUCCUGAAUAACACUAGUGAUGCAAGUACUUUACAACCAGCUUUAAGGAAAGAAUUAGAGCAAACUCAACUUGAAUUAAAGGAUGCACAUUCACAGGUUAGGACUUAUGAAGAAAUUAUCUCAACAAAUGAGAAAGCACUCAAAGAACUAAAUAGCCAACUAGCAAGCAUGAAAGAAGAUUACGAUGCUAGGAUUGAGUUGGAGUGCAAGGAAAAACUCGCAAACGAAGAAGAGUUGUCUCUUUUACGUAGAGAGCUGGACGAAAUCAGGAGUUUGCAACCGAAACUAAAAGAAGGUACUGUGUGCCUUGUCAAACAAUCAGAAAAGCUAAGGAAUCAAGCUGAAAAAAUCCAGGAAAUGAAAGCUAAGAUCGACAAAAUGAACUGGAAUGUUCAAGUAUACAAAAAAGAAAAAACCUCCCAAUUUCAAUCCAUAAUGAAGGCAAAUAAGGAACUAUCUGAAUUAGUUACGCGCCUUGAAAAAGAGGCAACUGAUUCCCAAAUGGAAUUGAAGAAGCUCAAAUCCUCACUGCACAAAACUCAAGAUUUACUUGAUACGCAUGAAAAGAAAUGGAUGGAGGAAAAGGCUGAUUAUGAAAGAGAACUGAUAUCUAAUAUCGAACAGACGGAGUCCUUACGUGUUGAAAAUUCGGUGUUGAUCGAAAAGAUUGGUAGCGUUACAGAAGGAAGUGAUGGAAAUGAAGAUUAUCUGAAACUAGUUUCAUUUUUUUCAAAUUUACGUCAUGAAAGGAAUUCCCUAGAAACGAAACUAACUACUUGUAAGAGAGAUUUAGCAUUAGUCAAACAAAAGAAUGCUAGUUUAGAAAAAAACAUAAACGACUUGCAGAUAGACCAGCCUGCUUCUCAGACGGAACUUCAAUGCUCCGCGGUAAUCAUUGAUGAAUUUAACGAUAUCACGAAGGAAAUUGCUCAAGUUAACCUUCUAAAGGAAAAUAAUGCCAUUUUACAAAAGAGUCUAAAAAACGUUACCGAAAAGAAUAGAGAAAUCUAUGAAGAAUUAACUAUUAGACAAGAAGAGGUAUCUCAAUUGAAAAGUGAUCUCAUAAAAACAAAAGAACAAGUUUCUGUCAAUGCUAACAAGAUUUUAAUUUAUGAAAGUGAAAUGGAUCAAUGUAAACAAAGGUAUCACGAUUUAUCUACGCAACAAAGAGAAGUCCAAAAAAAAACCAUUGAAAAGCUAAAUAGUGAGAUUAGUGAUUUUAAGGCUAAACUUUUGGAUGCCGAAAAUACAAAAACUGAGUUGGAGAAUAAAUUCAAUAGAUUAAAGAAACAAGCGCAUGAAAAAUUGGAUGCAUCAAAGAAACAACAAACUGCUUUAACUAACGAACUCAAAGAAUUGAAGGCAGUGAGAGAUAAAUUAGAACAGGACCUAAAUAGUAAAAACUUCAAAACCGUUGAUCUGGAUACAGAACCCAAGGAACAUACGGUCCAAUCAGGAGAUUUAUUGAGAGAUCAAGAAAAGGUUGCUUCUCUGCCAUUAAUAGAGGAGAUCGAAUCACUCAAAAGGGAGCUGCAGGUUUUUAAAAAUGCGAAUAACUCUUCUGAUGCUUUUGAAAAAUUGAGAGACAAUAUGGAGGAAGAAAAAAACAAGAUCAUCAACGAAAGAACUAAGGAAUUUGAAAAAAAAUUGGAAGAGAUAGUGAGUAAAAGUAAGAGUACUGGAAAAGUUGCAGAUAAUAGCGAAAAUAUUGAGACAUUGAAGAAAGAAUGGUUAAAAGAAUAUGAAGAAGAAACAAUAAGAAGGAUUAGAGAAGCCGAAGAGAACUUAAAGAAGAGAAUAAGACUACCAAGCGAAGAAAGAAUACAAAAGAUUAUUAGCAAGCGUAAAGAAGAACUGGAAGAAGAGUUUCAAAGAAAAUUGAAAGAGAAUGCAAGUAGCUUGACAUUUUCAUGCGAUAGAAAGGAAACUAAUGAUGAUCCUGACGAAGAUUUAUGGAAUAGCCCAUCAAAGGGAAAUUCCGAGAGACCUUCAGUAAUCACCGACUUCAUGAAACAGAAAAAUAUCAAAGUUCAAGAACAGUUAAAGAAGGCCAAAAAUGGCGUUUUCUUUGGUGACAGCCGGUCAUCGAGUAUGAACAAAGAAAAUAGCGCCCUAGUUAAGGUUAAUGAUGACAAGGCAGCCUCAACUUUCAGCUUUGGUAAACCUUUAUUCCCCUCCACUACGACGUCUUUCCAAAGCUUUCAGAAUCCAUUCACCCAAUCUACAAUAGAUUCGAAUACUGGUGUUUCUUUACCUACAUUUAAUAUUCGAACUGACUUGUUAGCUGGAGUAGCUACUGACACUUCCAAAACAGAUGGGCUCGCUAAUAAUAGCCCUGAUGAAGAAGAAAUAACAGAAAUUGGAAGUACAUUAAAACGACCAAACGAAGAGGAUGCGUCUUCUGAUCCAAACACAAAAAAAGUAAAGGAAAGCCCAGAAGAUGAGCCUGCUUCUAAGGAUUGA